GGCCCUUUUCCACUCCCGGAGGGUAUUUUCUUCGCAAUUGAUCGGUUUUCGUCGCGCCUCCCGCCCUCUCGCACAAUGUUCCUUCGCUCCGUCGCCCGGGCUGUCCCUCGCAGCUCAGCCCUGCCCAGCGCGGCCGUCCGCACCUAUCGCCCCAUGGUCUGCCAGAGUGCUCGCCCCCAGUCGAUUCAGCAGCAGAAGUCCGUUGCCGCCCAGCAGACCCGCGCUGCCUCGGAGCAUGCUAUCUCGAAUCCCACCCUGGCUGGUAUCGAGAAGCGCUGGGAGGCCAUGCCUCCCCAGGAGCAGGCCGAGCUGUGGAUGCAGCUCCGUGAUCGCAUGAAGGUUGACUGGCACCAGAUGACCCUGCAGGAGAAGAAGGCUGCCUACUGGAUCGCUUUCGGUCCUCACGGCCCCCGCGCACAGGCUCCCAAGGGCGAGGGCCUCCGGAUCUUCCUCAAGGUCACUCAGCUGGUUCUUGCCUCUGUGGCUGUGUUCGGCGUCAUCCACUACUUCGCCAAGCCCCAGCCGAAGACCAUGAGCAAGGAGUGGCAGGAGGCCUCCAACGAGUAUGCUAAGGCCGAGAAAAUCAACCCUCUGUACGGUAUCAGCAGCGAGGGUUACCAGGGCCAGGGCUUUGUUCAGAGCGCUCCCGCCGAGAAGUCAUAAAUCUCUGUUGUGAAGGAUCAGUGCUGGAGGAAAGGGGGUGCAGAGAGUUGUCUGAAUAUGGGAUAAGAGGAGGGAUUCAUGAUGGCCGACUGGCGCAUCCUCUUCCCAGAAUGAACCUCGUCGGCCAUCUGUCUUGGUUUUCUUGGUUGGGGGAUAUAUGCCAUUUUCCAUUCUGCCCUCCUGCAUGUCCAGUUCUCAGGUU